AUGCAAACGCCUGUGAUACUCUCAAACAAUUGCAGCACUCUUUUUACAUUGCCAGAUGCGAUGCAGAUCCAUUUUUUCAUAGCAUCUCAUAAGAAGGUUCUUGUUGGUGGAAAUGGCAAGGAAACUCUCUCUCUCCCUCUCUGUCAGUCCAAGACCGCCAAACGGUGCACAAUGACACGCUUGCGGAGCGAGCACUGUUUAUCCAAACGGUGGGAGAUGGUGGGAGUAGCUGGGCCCUUUCGCAGGUCAUUAAACAUGGGAGCCAAUUUCCCGUUUGCACAGACCCGCGGCAUCUCUAUGGCCUUGUCCAUCGUUUAG